AUGAAUAAUGAAAAGAAAACCGAAUUCAGGCUUGAUCAAUCAACGGCUAGCAAUGGUUUAUUUACUGUUAUAGAAAGAAAGCCCUUAUCGUCUUUGGAAAACAAUGAGAGCCUUAAUUUUAGUAACUUUAAUGAACAGCUAAAUCCAUCUGUUGAUGAUACAUUAAAAAAGAAAGAGGAUUAUAAUAAUGAUAAUAAUAAUGUUGAUAAUAUGAAUAAUAGUAAUAAUCAGAGUGAUAGUAUAUGUGGAAUAUACAGAUUAAACAGCUCACAAUUAUUAAACGAGAACCUAGACAAUACUCUAAGCAGAAUAAGUUAUGUAGAUGAGGACGUGUCCUCUUUUUUUGAUUCAGAUAAAGAAGAGGAACUUUAUUUUGAUAAUGACAUUUCUACUCUUGGUUCAUGUUAUUCUAUAAAUACACCUAAUAAAAUAUAUAAAAAGAAAAAAACACGGAAUAGUAUUAAUGGUAUACAUGCACAUGGAAAAGAACACAUUAAUUUAUUAUUAGAAAAAAACGAAGAGAAAAAGAACUCACCAUUUAUUCAUAAUAAGAAGGAAGAAAAAAAUAAUAUAUAUUAUAAACCUGAAGAAGGAUUAAAUGAAGAUUAUUAUGAUAUAAUGAACAAGAAAAUAAAAAAAAAAAAAAAAAGUGCUUUCUUAAAAGAUCAUUAUUUUAAAGAAAAUGUAAAUGUUACUAAUGAUGAUAUAAAUAUACAUUCUAUGGUAUCAAAUCAUCAUAGUGAUCAUUCAGAUCAUAGUAAUAAAAGUGAAAAAUUGCUUAAUGAAAAAAUCGUACCUAUUAAAAAUAAUAAUGAAGAAAAAGCUAUAAGACUAAAUAAAAAUAUUUAUAGGGUAGUUAAUAUUAAUAAAGAAGAGGAGAAAAAUAAUAAAGAAAGUUUUAUAAGAAGAAUUACACAAAUAAGGAGGAGCAUGAUCAAUGAAAAGAAUUUUCAACGAAAUGAAGAUGAUCAUCAUCAUAAAUAUGAUAAGAAGUAUGAAAAUGAUGAUGAUCAUCAUCAUAAAUAUGAUAAGAAGUAUGAAAAUGAUGAUGAUCAUCAUCAUAAAUAUGAUAAGAAGUAUGAUCAUGAUGAUGGUCAUCAUCAUAAAUAUGAUAAAAAGUAUGAUCAUAGUGAUGGUCAUCAUCAUAAAUAUGAUAAAAAGUAUGAUCAUAGUGAUGGUCAUCAUCAUAAAUAUGAUAAAAAGUAUGAUCAUGGUGAUGGUCAUCAUCACAAAUAUGAUAAAAAGUAUGAUCAUGGUGAUGGUCAUCAUCACAAAUAUGAUAAAAAGUAUGAUCAUGGUGAUGGUCAUCAUCACAAAUAUGAUAAAAAGUAUGAUCAUGGUGAUGGUCAUCAUCACAAAUAUGAUAAAAAGUAUGAUCAUAGUGAUGGUUAUCAUGAUCAUAAUCAUCUUUAUAAAUAUGAUAAAAAGUAUGAUCAUAAUGAUAAGGACAAAAUAGAACAUCAUAAUGAUGUAGUAGAUCAAGGUGAACAUGUACAGCAUGAAGAAACGAGUGAUAAAAAUAGUCCAUCCAAUAAUUAUUCAAAUUAUAAUAAUAGAUUUAGUGAAGGUUAUAUUCUUAAAAGAGAUAAUAAAUUGGCUAGAUAUAAUAGUGAUAAACGAGUGAAAUAUAAACAAUUAAAUAGUGAUGAGGGAUAUGAAAAUGUUUUAAAAUAUACGAAUAAAGAAAAAUAUUCCAAUAUAGAUUCCGAUAUAUAUUAUAGAGAAGAGGAUUAUCCAGAAUAUUAUAAUGAUGUUCCAUCACGAUAUAAUGAUUAUUACAAUCGUGUAUCUAAUAGAAAUGAUAAGAAGAAUGAGUUAAAUGAAAAUUCUUAUUAUUAUAAAAAUGUAAAAUAUAAUGAAAAAAAUAUGUUUAUGGAAAAUAAUGAUGAUAAAGAAAAUGAACCAUAUGCUGAGGUUCAUUAUAAUGAUGAUAAAUAUAUAGAUAAUCAAUAUGAUGAUAGAUAUUAUAAUGGUAAUCGAGAUCAGUACCAUUUUUAUGAUGAUGAAGAAAAUGUGCAUAAAUCUAAAUAUAUGAAUAAAAAUUAUUACAAUGAUUAUAAAGAUUAUUACAAUAAAGGAAAUGCUGUAAAUAAUUAUUAUGAGAAAGAUAAAUUAAAACGAUAUAGUUCAUUUGAUCAAAAGGUUGAUAUUAAAAGGGGUGAUGAAAAUGAUUAUAUAUAUAAUAAUAAUAAUAAUAAUAUGGAUGAAAAAAUACACACAUUAGAUAAAGAUAAACAUAACCUUGAUAAAAAUAAUAUAUAUGAUGAUAAAAAUAAUAUAUAUGAUGAUAAAAAUAAUAUGUAUGAUGAUAAAAAUAAUAUAUAUGUUGAUAAAAAUAAUAUAUAUGUUGAUAAAAAUAAAAUGUAUGAUGAUAAAAAUAAUUAUGGAUAUAAUCAUCAUAUUGUAGGAGGAACCAAUACAACGACAUAUUUGAAAAAUUUACCAAAGAAGAGUUAUAAGAGAAGAGAAGAAAGUGGUGAGAUAAAUAAUGAAAGUAUGAAUUUAGAAUCUGGAGAAGAAGAAUAUCGAAUGAUGCAGAAAAAAAAAAAUACCACAUUUAAACAUAUCGAUGAAAAUAAUAUGUAUUAUAAACAUAAUGAACUAUUGAAUGAAUACAAUACAAUUGACGACCCUGAUAAUCUAAAUAAUAAUAUUAAUAGGAAUAGGAAUAUAUAUAUGCAUAAAAAUCGAAUUAGCAAUGAACAAAAUAAUAAAUUCAAUCUUAAUAAUAAUGAACUGGAGGCAGACGAAAAAAAAAAUAAAAUGGAUAACAUGUUUUAUAAUAAAGAGAGAAAUUAUUUAAUAAAUAAUCAAGAAUAUAAUAAAAAUUAUAUUUAUAGAAAUGAAUAUUAUAAAAACGAAAAAAAUGUAUAUCUUGAUAGUUAUCCCUACGAAAUGGUUGAACACAAAAACAAAUACACAUCUAACAUGAAUAAUCAAUAUGAUAAUAAAGAUUCUUCUUAUUUAUAUGAUGAUGUUUCUUCAUCUUUUAAUAAUAAAAAAUAUACUAAAUUAAUAAUAAAGGAUAAUUUGUGUAACAAUAAAUAUAAACAUAAUAAUUAUGAUAAUCAUAAUAAUAUUGAUGGAAAUGAUGUAUAUUACAAACAUCCUUAUGGUAUAGAAGAAGGAAGGGCAUAUGAUAAAAAUUAUUAUCAUGAUAAUGAAUUAAAUGAUCACCAUUUAAAUUAUAAUGAUAACUACAUGAAUACAAAAGUUAAUAUACAUGAAGAUCAUAAUAAUAAUAUGGAUGAUAAAAAUAUAUCAUAUAAUAAUAUGAACCUGACGGAUGAAAAUAAUAAUAAUAAUAAUGAUAAUAAUAAUGAAAAAUAUAAUGAUGACAAUAAUAAUAAUAAUAAUAGAUAUCAUGUAAUGAAUCAAAGAAAUAUAUAUCCAAACAAUAUCCCUAUGAACCAUGUUGGAGAUAUAAAUGAAGAUAAAAAUAAUUAUAAUAUGUCAGAUAAACAAAAUAUCCCAUCUAUUGAUGAGAAACGAGAAGAAAAUUCAAGAAAUUUUAUAAACGAAACCAAUAAAGAUGAUAAGGAAAAUGUAAAUAAUAUGAAUAAUUUAAAUAUGGUCAAUAAUAAUAUGAAAAAUUUUAUAGUACCAAAUAUGAAUGGAAUGGUUCUUCAAAAUACAAGUGUGCCAGCUAAUGUGGUACCAGCUAAUGUGGUACCAGCUAAUGUGGUACCUGCUAAUGUGGUACCAGCUAAUGUGAUACCAGCUAAUGUGGUACCAGCUAAUGUGGUACCCGCUAAUGUGGUACCUUCUAAUGUGGUACCCGCUAAUGUGGCACCUGCUAAUGUGGUACCUGCUAAUGUGGUACCAGCUAAUGUGGUACCUGCUAAUGUGGUACCCGCUAAUGUGGUACCCGCUAAUGUGGUACCUGCUAAUAUUAUUCCUGCAAAUAUUGUCCCUACAAAUAUAGUGCCAAAUGUACCCAUUACAAAUAAUAAUAUUCAAAAUAAUAAUAACUUGGAAAACAUCAACAAAACUAAUGAUAACCCAGCACCACCUGUUAAAAGAAAAAGGGGACGACCUAAAAUGAAAAAAAACACACCGGAAGAAACACAACCUACUGAUUUGGCUAGUAACAGUAAUGCUUCUUCAUCAUAUCAAGCUACUAAUACAAAUAUUCAAAAUAUGAAUCUAAAUAAUUUGAAUCAUAAUCUCGUAAAUGAUAUGAAUCAACCUUUAUAUACUAAUCUUAAUACAAUUAUCAAUCCCCCAUUUAAUAAUCAACUAGCCAAUGCUGUUAUAAAUCUUCCUUUAGAUCAGCAGGUUGUACAACCAUUAGGACAACAAGUGGGGCAACCCCUUGGUCAGGCAAUAAAUUAUCAGGUAAUUCCCCCACCUCAGACAAUAGGACAACAGCUAGCUGAACCGAUCAACCAGCAAUUGAAUCAUCAGCUAAGUCAACAAAUGAAUCAGCAAAUGAAUCAACAAAUGAAUCAACAGAUAAGUCAUCAAAUGAAUGCUCAGUUAGAUCAACAAAUGAAUCAUCAAAUGAAUCAUCAAAUGAGCCAUCAAAUGAAUCAGCAAUUAAACCAUCAAAUGAAUCAGCAAUUAAACCAUCAAAUGAAUCAACAACUAAAUCAACAAUUAAAUCAACAAUUAAAUCAACAAUUAAAUCAACAACUGAAUCAACCUUUAAGUAUGACCAUGAAUCAACCAUUCAAUCAUCCUGCUUUAUAUAAUAAUACAAAUAAGCCAUUGAAUCCUUCCUUAUACGUAGUAUCUAAUAUGAUGAACAAUAAUUAUAAUGGAAACUUGACGGAAGAGCAAAUGGGACCAAUGUUUAAUAAUCAUGAUAACGAACAAGGAAAUAAUUUGGAUCCAAACUUUUAUUAUAGAAAUAUGGAACAAACGAAAAGUCAAAACGAUGAUUUUUCUUAUGAAGAUGAAGAAGAGAUGAACCGAAAUAAUAAAAAGAAUACAAGAUCCUCUGUAAGUGAAUCAGAAGGACAACAUUCUGAGAAAGAAUUUCCAAAAAUUCAUAAAAGAAGGGGAAGAAGAAGAAAAAAAGAUAUUGAGCAGUAUUCUAAUGAAUUUAAACAAAAUAAUAAUCAAGAUAAUAUAAAUCAGGAUACUAGAGAGGAGAAUAAAAGUGAUCCUGGAUAUUCAACUUUUAUUGAUGAAAAUAAUAAGACAGUUUCAUACAGAGUUUCAUAUCAUCCAGCAGAUGCUGUUUGGGAAAAAAUAUCAGGUGUCAAGUUUGGUCCCAUGAUAUUAACAGCUCAAAGCAGAACAACGAAUGUUAUACUGUCGAAAAAAAGAUCAAUAGAAUUAGGAAAUAUUUUGCACAACUUAAUAUAUGGAUAUAUAUAUAAAGGAGAUAAUGUUAGGCUUACCAUAGGAAAAGAAUCAAAAAAUGUAAAGAGUGGUUCUCCUUUUUUCUUACCUAGUUUUAUGGACUGCAGUAUACACAACGACGACGACUCUGGGUCCGCUAAAAUAUUUUUAUGUUUUGUUUACCUAAAUUAA